CUGACAUUAGAUGCUACCCUUGUCUUCGUUUUCGUCUCUCUCUUUAUAGGGUUAUGAUUUCUCUCUCUAAAAGUCUCAAGAGCUUUCGAUUCCCCGUUAAUGGAAGUUUCCUGCCACUCGUCGCCCCGUUCAUCGACGCUCCGUUGCGCUGCUCCUGCUUCUGUUGCCGUUGCUUCUGUUGCUGUUGCUCUUAAGGUUAGGGUUUCUCGAUUCUCUUUAAUGGAUCUCACUCAUUAUCCUCAAUCGAGCCUCUCUCUAGGUUUUCACUCCCACGCCGACGAUUCCCUCGCCCAAUCCCGACCGUUCCCCUUGCAAUUGCUCGAUCAGCAGUCGGAGAAUCGCAGAGAGGAAUCGGUCGAUGCGAUUGAUGAUGAAGAAUCUGAGGGGGUGAAGGAGGAGGAGUUCCGCAUAUUAGGGUAUCCGAUGUGUAUAAAGAGGCAGAAGAGGGAAUCUUCAUCUUGUUCCUCGUCGACAUCUCUCCAUCCUUCGAAGAAGCAAGCCAUCGAUCCUGACAUGGAGACGAGGAGAUCAAAGGUCAAAUCUUGGGGGAAUCAGCCGCUAUCGGCGGCGGAUCCCGAUCUGUUCGAGGUCAUGGAGAAGGAGAAGUGUCGUCAGGUGACAGGGAUUGAAUUGGUUGCUUCUGAAAACUAUGUUUGUAGAGCUGUGCUUGAUGCCCUGGGGAGUCACUUGACCAACAAGUACUCUGAGGGCAUGCCCGGUGCUCGAUACUAUGGGGGCAAUCAAUACAUCGAUCAGAUUGAACGAUUGUGUUGGGAUCGAGCUCUCGCUGCAUUUAAUCUCGAUCCUGAGUGCUGGGGUGUAAAUGUUCAGCCUUAUUCGUGUACUUCUGCUAACUUUGCAGUCUACACAGGACUAUUGUUGCCGAAAGAUCGGAUAAUGGGAUUGGAUUCACCCUCGGGCGGGCAUGUAAGCCAUGGGUAUUAUACUCCUAGUGGGAAGAAGAUAUCGGGGGCUUCAAUAUUCUUCGAGAGUUUGCCAUAUAAAGUUAAUCCGCAUACUGGGUACAUUGAUUACGAUAAGUUGGAGGAGAGAGCCAUGGAUUUUCAUCCGAAGAUAUUGAUUUGCGGGGGGAGCUCGUACCCGAGAGAGUGGGAUUAUGCAAGGUUUCGGCAGAUUGCAAAUAAGUGUGGGGCUAUAUUGAUGUGUGAUAUGGCACACAUUAGUGGGCUUGUGGCUGCCAAGGAGUGCCAGAGCCCAUUUGAUUAUUGUGAUAUUGUUACUUCAACUACACACAAAAGCCUUCGGGGACCAAGGGGUGGUAUAAUAUUUUUCAGGAAAGGGAAAAGAGCGAAGAAGCGGGGGUUUUCUCUAUGUCAACCAGAAGAAAGCGAUCAAUAUGAUUUUGAAGAUCGGAUAAAUUUUGCUGUUUUCCCUGCAUUGCAAGGGGGCCCUCACAAUAACCAUAUUGCGGCUCUGGCUAUAACCUUUAAACAAGUGGCUACUCCUGAAUACAGAACUUAUAUCCAGCAGGUGAAGAAAAAUGCUCAAGCAUUAGCAUCAGCCUUGCUGAGAAGAAAAUGCAGAUUAGUAACUGGAGGGACAGAUAACCAUUUGAUACUGUGGGAUCUUAGAACGUUCGGUUUAACAGGUAAACACUUUGAGAAAGUCUGUGAGGCUUGCCACAUUAGUUUGAAUAAAACUCCUAUAUUUGGUGAAAAUGGUGCUAUUUCACCUGGCGGUGUGAGAAUAGGGACGCCGGCAAUGACGACUAGAGGUUGCUUAGAGGGAGAUUUUGAGACAAUUGCUGAUUUUCUACUCAGAGCUGCACAGAUUGCGAGUACCCUUCAGAGGGAACAUGGGAAGUAUCAGAAAGAGUUCCUCAAGGGAAUUCAAAACAGCAAGGAUAUUGCUGAACUAAGAAACCGCGUCGAAUCCUUUUCUUCGCAGUUCGCCAUGCCUGGAUCAGACCUAUGAUUUUGCCCAAAUACAUUAUCACUUAUGUUCAUUUUCCCUACUGCACUCAAGUGUUGCUGUAAAUUAGAGCCCUUUCCGAUAUUGGUUAUUAUUUCCAUAGAUAUCUUUGUAAAAAUGGAAAUGCUUUAUUAUGUUUAUUAUGGGUAUGGGUAGAUCAGAGAAAGAUUGCUUGGUCAAUUUUUUUAUACCAUAUGGAAGUGUAUUCACCUUUAUAAUUAUUGAAAAGUCCCAGGGUUUUGAAGAA